CACGGACGCACACACUCAGCGCGCCAGUACUUGCCUCAUCACCACCACACCGCCUGAGCACCCGCUCCUGCGCAUCGCCCACAGCCGCCGCCAGCCAGUCCGGCUUUCCCCCGCCGAGCCACGCUUGUCGCCGCCGCGCAGUCGAUGAAGCGCGCCCGCACCUCCUCGUCCCCCGCGCCACACUCCUCCACCUCUUCCUCAGCCCACCCGCGCAGCCGCAGCACCAUGGCUCCCAGCGCCGCCGCCUCGGGCGCCUCCUCAUCUGCGCCGGCUGCUGCCCAGCCGCCGUGUCCGCACCUCCACGCGCUGCUGCCCUCGCUCGCGCCGCCGCGCAGCGGCAUUGCUGUGCACCGCAGCGAGUGCACGCUCUGCUUCGACGGCGCAGAGGCAGACGGCGGCAUCGACGUCUGCCUUACCUGCUUCAAUGGCGGCUGCUGUGCGCCCGAGCGCAAUCACGCGCGUGCUCACGCCGACAAGACGUGGCACGCCCUCGUGUGCAACGUGCGCCGCCGCCGGCGUGCCAAGGAGUCAUCGCAGUCAAAGCCCGUGGACAAGGUGGCCAUCGUUGCGUCGCGCGAUGAGGACGAGUGGGAGUACGAGACAACCGUGCGCUGCCUCGCCUGCGACCAUGGCGCGGGCCGGGAGAUCCCAAAGGCUGGCAAGCUCGCCGAGGUGGUCAAUGCCAUCAUGCAAAGCCUCAACUCGGCUCAGCAGAACGAGGUCAAGGCAUGGGAGAACGAGCUGAAGCCCUGCGACCACACGCGGCAGCUGGAGCAGCAAGCUGAUGCCAGCAAGGUGACGAAUCGGCAGCAGUGUUCCAAGUGCGACUUGACGGCGAACCUCUGGCUCUGCCUCACCUGCGGCGCAGUGUCAUGCGGCCGCGAACAGUACGGCGGCCUGCCAGGCAACAGCCACGCCAUGGCACACUUCAAGGAGAGCAAGCAUCCCGUCUCUGUCAAGCAGGGCACCAUCACCGCCGAGGGCACAGCAGACAUCUACUGCUACGCCUGCGACGACGAGCGCGUGGACCCGAAUCUCUCUACGCACCUGGCGCACCUCGGCAUCUCGACGCUUGGCCUCACCAAGACCGAGAAGACGCUUGGCGAGCUCAACCUCGCGCACAACCUGUCAUUUGACUUUCAGAUGACGGGAGAGGACGGCAAGGAGCUCGAGCCGAUGUUCGGGCCAGGGCUGACGGGCCUUGAGAAUCUGGGCAACAGCUGCUACAUGGCAUCCGUCCUGCAAGCGCUCUUCUCUCUGCCGCAGUUCCGCGCCCGCUACGGCCUCGCCUACCGGCCGCACACGGCGAUCUGCACGAACCCGCAGCCAGCGAGCUGCCUCGAGUGCCAGAUGGGCCGGCUGGCCGACGGCCUGCUCUCCGGGCGCUACUCUGUGCCGCGCAAGCAAGAGGGCAGCGGGCCGGCGUUCCAGGACGGCAUCAAGCCGUCGCUGAUCAAGGCGCUCAUCGGCACUGGCCACCCCGAGUUCUCCACUGCCCGGCAGCAGGACGCCGACGAGUUCCUCAAGCAUUUCCUUGGCUGCCUGCAGAACGACACGCGGCGCCUCAAGUCGCAGGCAUGGCUCUCCAUCGACGGCGUGCCGACGGACGAUGCCACGCGCAUUUUCAGCUUUGGCCUGCAGCAGCGUCUGCAGUGCACCGAGUGCAGGCGGGUGCGCUACACCGUCGAGGCGCAGGAUGCCGGCCUCAGCGUGCCCGUUCCCGUGCGCGUCAUCCGACCGCCGGCUCCGGCCCCCGCCGACGAGGACAUGGUUGCCGACAUUGUGAUGCCCGAAGCCGCAGUGGACAGUGCUGCCGCUGACGUGCUGCCAGACGGCGACAUUGGGCAGAUGCCCGUCAUCACUGGCAGCCUGCCGCCAACGUACGCAUCCAUGCUCUCGCCGCCGCCAGCUCCUGUGCCGACCGAUGCCAUGGCGACGGACACGCCCACUGUGGUGUCGCAAGAGCCCGAGACGCCUUCUUCUGCCUUGGACGAGCUCGCAACGCCGCCGCCAGCCGAUGCUGCCGGCAGCGAUGCCAAGGGCAAGACGCCAAUCGAGGGACCCAACGCGCCGACCGCAGCUGCCGAUGCGGAGCCGGCGAAGCGCACGUACGCUGGAGCGCUCUCGCCGCCGCCAGGACUCAAGGGCGGCUCAGAAGAUGCAGACGCGCCGGCGUACGAGCCGCCAAAGUCCGACGCUGAGCGACCGAUCACUACUGAACGUCCGGUCACGCGGUCGCAGACCGCCACGCGCCUGCCGCUCCUCGACACCAACUACGACGCCGGCAGCGAAGAUGCCGUUGCCCUCACCUCGGCCGACGCGGACAUGGCAUCGGCCACGGGCGAGCGCGGCGAUCCCAUCGAGAUCGGCGCGGACGAGGAGGAGGAGCGCCGCAAGGCUGAAGAGGAGGAGAAGCAGCUGCAGGAGGCCAUCGCCGACUCGCUCAAGACCGGCGGCAGCAUCGCCAAGAUCGAGUACGAGGAGGUCGACCUGCGCGAGUGCCUUGAUCUCUUCACUGCGCCCGAGGAGCUCGACUAUCACUGCCCGGCUUGCAGCAAGACGGUCGUCGCGACGAAGCAGACGCUCUUCACGUCUUUCCCCGACGUGCUGGCGCUGCAGGUGCGCCGCUUCCAGCUCAUCAACUGGGUGCCGCAGAAGGUCGAUGUGCCCAUCAACAUCCCGCUCGACAGCUUCUCCCUCGACAAGUACCUCGGCCAGGGCAUUCAGGAGGGUGAGGAGGAGCUGCCGGAGAGCAAGGAUCCAGAGCCGGUGGCUGCUGCUCCCCAGCCUGCCGCUCAGGCACCGCCACCGCCGCCGCCUCGGCCGACUGGCCCGCAGUUCAAGGAGGAGUUGCUUGCGCAGAUGACCUCGAUGGGCUUCUCGAAGCCUCGCUGCCAGCGCGCCUUCAUGGCCGUCGGCGAUAUGACCAACGUCGAUGCCGCAAUGGACUGGCUUUUUGCCAACAUAGAGACCCCUGGCCUCGACGAGCCCAUCAACUUCGAUGCCGAGCCGGCCACGGCCGAGCCCAGCGCGGCUUCGAGCGCCGCGGCCGUGCCCGAGCCGGCAGGAGGUAGCAGCAGCGGACCGGACCUGUCAGCACUCGAGGACAUGGGCUUUUCACGCAACCAGGCACGCAAGGCCAUGCGCAUUGCGCAGGGCAACGCUGAGAUGGCCGUUGGCUGGCUAUUUGAGAACCCGCAGGACGUCGGCGAGGAGGAGCCUGCGCCUGCCCCGGCACCGGCUGCCGACGUCGAGAUGGAGGAUGGCACGGGCGCAUCGGCAGAGGCUGGGCCGAGCAGCGCCUCUGGCCCGCCUGUGGUCGGCGGCUCGUCGGACCUGCCGGCGCGCUACUGCCUCAAGGCCUUCAUCUCGCACAAGGGCCCGUCGAUCCACAGCGGCCACUACGUGGCGCAUGUGCGGCAGGAUGACCCCUCGGCGCUAGACGCGGGCGAGGGCGCCGAUGCGUGGGUGCUGUUCAACGACGAGAAGGUCGUCCGCGCGCCCUACUCGUCGCAGAACGGCGAGUCGGAGGUCGGCGUCAAGGGCCUCGUGAAGCUCGCAUACGAGUACAUCUUUGUGCGCCAGCAGAACCCCUGAAUAGACACUUUGCAGCGCAUCUCGCAUCUCUGUGACUCGCCUCACGCCCGGGCAUCGGCUAUACAAG